AUGGACUACGCCCGUGAAGUAUUUGAAGAAAUGCCCCAGCCAUCGACAUUUGUCUACAAUACCAUGAUCAGAGGUUACAGCCUAGGCGGUGAUGGGCACAAAGGGAUCCAUACUUAUGUCCAAAUGCGGAACCGUGGUACCAGGCCCGAUAGCUUCACCUACCCGUUCCUCCUAAGGGCUUGCACCUCCCUUGCCCAAGGGAAGGGAGUGCACUCGCUCAUCAUAAAAAGUGGAGAUCUGGGAUCCAAUGUGCAUGCACAAACUUCACUUGUUACUUUCUAUUCCAACUUCGGGGAGCUCGAAUGCGCUCGGCGGGCGUUUGACAGAAUGCCUGAGAGGAAUGUGGUUUCCUGGACCGCAAUGGUCACCGGCUACGUGCGGCAUGAGAGGUAUGACGAUGGAUUAGCUUUGUUCCAUCAGAUGCAUGCUUCGGAUGUCGAACCAAAUGAGAUGACACUGGUUGACGUGCUCUCGGCUUGCGCCAAUCUCGGAGCUUAUGAGAUGGGUAAGUGGGUGCACAACCAUAUCGAGAGGAAUGUGAUUGUCAUGAAUCCCACUCUCGGUACCGCUCUUGUAGACAUGUAUGCAAAGUGUGGGCACAUUGGGAAAGCAGCAUGGGUGUUCGGAAGUUUGCCCGAAAGAGCCAUCUUUACGUGGAAUGCGAUGAUCGGUGGCCUUGCCAGGCAUGGUUUGGGGGAGAAGGCACUUGAGAGAUUUUCAGAGAUGCAAAGAGUAGGAAUGAGACCAGAUGACAUAACGCUUAUUGCAGUGUUGUCAGCUUGUGUGCAUUCAGGCUUGGUAGAGAAGGGUAAAGAUUAUUUCUAUUCAAUGGAGAUGGAGUUUGGAAUUAAACCUAAUAUCAAGCAUUACGGCUGCUUGGUGGAUCUUUUAGGAAGGGCGGGUCUUCUCAAUGAUGCUUAUGAUGUUGUCCUCGGAAUGCCAAUGGAACCAAAUGGAGUGGUGUGGGGGACAUUGCUUCAUUGUUGUGCUACUCAUGCUAAUGUUGAGAUGGCUGAGACAGUGAUGGAACACCUUGUCGAAUUGGAGCCAUUCAAUGAUGGGAACUAUGUUCUAAUGUCCAACAUAUAUGCUUCGAAGCAACGAUGGAUUGAUGUGGCCAAGGUGAGGAGAUUCAUGAAGGAUAGAGGAGUAUUAAAGACCCCAGGUUGUAGUUCCAUUGAAAUCAACAAUGUGGUGCAUGAAUUUAUCGCUGGAUGCACUGCACAUCCUCAGGCUAAAGAGAUCUGUGCUAUGUUGGAUGACAUAUCCAUGAGAUUGAAGGCUGAGGGUUAUGUGCCGAAAACCAACCAUGUCUUGCUUGACAUCAGUGAAGAGGAUAAGAGAAGAGCACUGUGUCAUCAUAGUGAGAAGCUGGCAAUUGCAUUUGGAUUGAUCAAUACUGGUCCUCGCAAGACUAUAAGAGUCGUGAAAAAUCUUCGCGCAUGUGAGGACUGUCAUCUUGCCACGAAAUUGAUCUCAAAGGUUUAUGGUCGUGAGAUAAUUGUAAGAGAUCGAAUCCGCUUCCACCAUUUCAAGGAUGGAACUUGUUCCUGUGGCGAUUACUGGUAA